AUGUGCUCGAGUACUUCAAACCCAUUAAAAAUAGUUGAUGUAACCAGUGUUGAUGAGAAAACUGCAGAGGAGUUGUUAGAAGCUGCAACAAGUCAAGGAUUUUUAUUCAUAGAAGGACAUGAUUUCUCAAAAGAAGAAGUGGACAUGUUAUUCGAAGUAUCGAAAGAGUUUUUUGCUCUUCCUGACUCUUAUAAGGAAAAAUAUUUAAUAGACAGUAGUAAUCAUGGAUACACGAACUAUGGAGGAGAAAAUUUGGAUCCUUCAAGUCAAAAAAAAGGUGAUCCAAAGGAAGCACUCAACUUUUGCUGCUUGGACUUCUUGAGCGGACUCUCUUCCCGUCCUAUUCCAGACUGGUUCAAUGAAGAUCCUGCUCGUCUGAAAUUGGUGCAGUCGACUAUCAAGAAGUUAUAUGGUUUAUCAAUCAAGAUCCUUAAUAUUCUAGCACUUGGAUUAAAGAUUGAGGACACCGAUGAAUGCAAGGGAAUUGACUGGUUUAAUUCAAGGUACUUGGCCAGUAAGGAAUCUGGUUCUACAUUUAGAUUUUUACAUUAUCCAGGACAAAAAAGCCUUAAUCCAGAAGCAGUCAUUAGAGCUGGUGCACACACUGAUUACGGUUCUAUGACAUUAUUAUUUCAACAAGAAAAUCAAGAGGGUUUAGAAAUUUAUUCUCCUGUGUCCAAAAAAUGGGAAGCGGUACCGUUUGUACCGGCUAACUCCCAGAAAUUUCCAAACUCGGCUCCCCCUAUUGUGGUGAAUAUUGCUGAUCAAUUAAGUUAUUGGACCGCGGGCUUACUCAAAUCUACAAUCCAUAGAGUUAGAUUUCCAGCCAAGUUUCAAGAAACAGAUCAGGAUCGUUAUUCAAUUGUAUUUUUCAGCCAUCCAAAUGAUGAGUCUCUUUUAGAACCAGUACCUAGUGAACUUGUAAGAGCUAGAAAAGGUAGAGGGGCUAACAAAGAAUCAACCUUGUUAACUGCAAAACAACAUUUAGAUAAGAGAUUAGCUGCUACUUAUGGCUGGCAGUAUUAG